GAAGCAGUCGCUCAUCGAUCCUCCCGCUGUGAGUGGCGAGGGCAACGGAGCUUCUCGGGGCACCGAAGAAGGCAGGCAACGAUGGCAGACGAUAGCAAGUGCGGCGAGAUUGGCAAUGAGGGAGCGGCGGCGCAGAAGCCGAAUGUCGUCUUGAAAGCAGUAGACAUGGACGACGAGAUGCGUAGCCACGCGGUCGCCUGUGCCCGCGCUGCGUUCCAGGAGCAUGCAGUGGAGAAGAACAUCGCGGAGCACAUCAAGAAGGAGUUCGAUGCUAGAUAUGGACAGAGUUGGCACUGUAUUGUGGGUCGUAACUUUGGAUCAUUUGUAACACAUGAGUCAAAGCAUUUCAUCUAUCUCUAUGUGGAUUCCAAGGCAGUCCUACUGUUCAAGUCAGGUUGAGAAGUUCUUGGCAGUUUAGCUGUCAUUUCAUGCAUUUCUACAUCACCUUAAAUUGCUGCAGCUGAACUUCUUGUUGUUUCGAUCACUAGCACCAUCUGUGGUUUAUAUGACAUGCAAGAAAAAAUAUGUGAAAAUGGGAUGAAAUUGUGCUUGAGAAGUAGAAUGGGACGAAAUCCAUUUUCUUAAUAAUCUCAUUUUGAUGUUUAGAACAAUAUAUAAUUAUGUUUAGAAGGGUUCUAAAUGGAAUAAUAUGAGAUUAAAAUAA